AAUAUUUCAUUAAAUAGAAUUGAUCUCAGUUCUUUUAUUGUACAUAUGUUCAAUCGACGUUGUUAACUUUUAAAACAAAGUUUAGUUAGACGUAAUGCAAUUUGCUAUUAUAGAAUUGUAUAAUAAGAAAAGAGCGCAAUGAUAAGCAUUAAUUUUAUAAUUUCAUUAAUUAAACAAAUGGAAAGGAUUAAACCUUUGACAAUGUUAUUGACACAUACAAAAUCUUGCUUAUAUGCAAAUUAUUCACGAUUGUUCUCAAACAGUAAUAACAUUGUCACAGUAAAUAAUAUUGAUAAUGAUAAAAUAAAAAGAAAUGAAUUGGAAACAAUAGCAAUUAAGAAAGGAAAAGCAAAGAUAUUAAGUGAUUUUAAAGAGCAUACAAUUAUAGAAGAUAUUGUAAGAGUUAUUAAUCCCGAACUAGGUGAAAUUUGUCCCAAAAAAUAUAUGAAAAUAAUAACCGGUAAAGGGAAUAUUUUCUAUUUGAUGGAAAAAAAUACAGCUACGAAAUUUGUCCAAUUGAUAAUCAAUGAUCUUUCCAAAGAUAUGAGCUUCGUAGCGGAAUGUAAUCCUGGGAUAGGUAUAUUAACGGAAGAAUUGUUAAAUGCUGGUAUUAAAAAGAUAUACGCUUUUGAAACAAACCAUUGUUUUUAUCCUAAGUUAAAUGAAUUACAAACGAAAUAUCCUAAUAGGCUCGUUAUAAGAAACGCGAAUUUAUUUGAGAUGAGCAAACUACAUUUCAUGGAUCAACAGGAUAACAUGAAUAGAAUAAAAACAAUAUUAAAUGAUAUCCCUGAUGUACCUUGGGAAAAUGAAUCAACAUACAUGCAAGUUAUUGGAGUAUGUACUAAUAUCAAAUUCUUUAAGCAUUUACUAUUGGCUCUUGUGUUUCGUAACAGUUGUAUGAAAUUUGGAAGACCAUCUUUUUAUACGGCGAUAACACCAUCUCUUUGGAAUGCUCUAAGUUCCCCUAGCAAUAAAGCCAUGAUGCAUUACCUUUAUAUUUCCUUUCAAACAUUAUUUAAUUGUAAAUAUUUAGGUGAUAUAGAAAGAAUGUCGUAUAUACCUUGGAAAAAACAGUCACUAAGGUUUAAAAACAAAAUCCAUGAUCAUGAGAUCUUAAAAGUUGUUAAAAUAGAACCAAAAGCAGAACUUUUCAAUAAUUAUUUAAAAUUAGAAGAAAUAAUACCUUAUUGGUAUUUUGUUAAAUAUCAUUAUACAGAACGAGAUCAAAGAAUAAUACCCGAAUUGGAAAAAUGGGUACCAGGAUCUGGACUGAAAUUAAUACAAAUGGACUACAAUAUAUUUACUCGUUUUAUAGAUUUAACACCUAUCGAAUGUUUAAAUCUUUAUAAAGAAUUUGUAUCCUGGCCGGAAUUUGAAAGUUCUAUGUUUCUAUCAAGUGCGCAUAGUUACGUACAAAUUUUUAAUCAAAUCAAUAUAUCUACCACCAAAGUCAAUAAAAUAUAAUUGACAAAUAAACAAU